ACCUGUUUUCGCCUUCCCCACCAUCGGAGUCCACGGUCAUCGGCACAGACGACGACGACAGCCAUGGUCUCACCACCGAAGCCCUGGGAGCGAGCAGGCUCUGUCGCUGCCACGGCCGGUCCCGCGCCGUCGACUUCGGCGUCUCAGACAGCGGCAGCCUCUAGUGCUCCCACAACAUCCCCCUCGCCAUCAACCGCAUCAUCUAGCACUGCUGUCCCCCCUUCGAUUCCGGACAGACCAGCGGCAUUCGCCUCCACCGCUGCUACUACAUCUGCGCUUUCCCCUUAUUCUUCGUAUGGUGCAUCACCGUACUCCCGGUUGGGAACAUACGGCGGAAGCACGUACGGUGCUGGGACGUAUGGCGGUUAUGGAGGUUACAGUGGCUUUGGUGGGCUUGGAUCGACGUAUGGUGGCUAUGGCGGAAUGGGAUAUGGCGGCUAUGGCGGUGGCAUGGGAUACGGAGGGAUGGGCAUGGGCUACGGUGGCUACGGAGGCGGCAUGGGAAUGUUCCCCGGUCAACCACAAUUGGACGCGAACGGCCAACCCAUCCCCACACUCACCCAAACUCUCGAGAGUACCACUCAGCACACCUUUGGCCUCAUCCACUCCAUCGUCCAAACCUUUUCCGGCGUCGCCCAGAUGCUCGAAUCCACAUUCAUGGCCACCCACUCGAGCUUCUUCGCCAUGGUCGGUGUCAUCGAGCAAUUCGGUCACUUGCGCAACGCCCUCGGCAGCGUACUUGGUCUCUUUGGUCUCGUCCGCUACAUGCGCGAGCUUCUCACUGGUCGCCCUGCCGGCGCCGCGCGCCUUGAAGGCGAGUUUCGCGACUUUGUCAAUGGUCGCCCCAUCCCACCCGCCGGCGCGCCAGGCGCCCCACCUCAAAAAUACAGCAAGAAGCCCAUCAUUAUCUUCCUCCUCGCCGUACUCGGCGUCCCCUACGCCAUGACCAAGCUCAUCCGCAUCCUCGCCAAGCGCCAGCAGGAGCAGCAGGCGCUCCUCGGUGGCCCGCUCCCGCCACUUGACCCCUCGAUGCUCACCUUCGCGCGCGCGCUCUACCCCUUCGAGCCGACAAACCCGGCUGAGCUUGGUCUGAAGGAGAACGAGAUCUUGGCGAUCAUGGGCAAGCUCGACCCGCGGACGGGCGCGGAGGCGGACCCACGGCUCGAUAUCCCGGACGCGGAGUGGUGGAAGGGGAGGACGCGGGACGGCCGCGAGGGCUGGUUCCCGCGCAAGUGGGUGGAGAUCAUCGAGCGGAAGGAGAAGAAGGUCGACUCAUGAGUAUCGAGGACACCACGUUCGUUGUGCAUAUGGUAUUUAUUCUCUUUGUCCCGCGCUGGAUCUUGUACUACUUAAUCGUUCUUUCGUGUAUAUCCAUUUCGUCGCAUUGCUGUUCGCCCCCUUUGUCUUCGUUCUCAACUCUCAGCACUUCAUUCGACAGCAUCCACUACAAGUACAAUCCGCUCUUCAAGGUAAGAUCACAAGUACACAUCAACUCUCCUACGCCGCACCCGUCACUUCCUCCUCCACACCAUCAUCCUCUCCCUCCCCACAUGAUCCCCCUCACUCGUCUUUGGCAUCUCGUCGAACACCAGCUCCCAGUCCUCCGCCCUCAGCACCUCCAUGUAGUGCUCCGGCCGCACGAACCACGGUGGGCCCCACCCCUUGUCGCGCUCCUGCAAAGGGUACACGAGCGCGAGCAGCAGGCCGUUCUUCCGCGUCAGCGCGGUCAUCUGCCUCCCCCACUCAGCGCGCCGCUUGGGUGGGAU